CGAGAGAGUGGAAAAUGUGAAGUGGCUUUGGGUUCUGAUGAAAUGAUGCGGAAGAGAAUAAAAUAAAAAGAAAAAGGAAAUUGCUGUUGUGGCAGUCCCCCUACUCUCACACUCAGCAUUUAGACUCUCGCACUUUGACAAACAGAAAAGCUCUCAACUUUCACCCAUCCCCUUAAUCCUUCCCCACCAAAAAUUCAUGGCUUUCACUGGUUUCCAGCUUCCCCUGCUCCCAGAAUCAUCACUUUAUCCAGCUGUCCAGUGAGCACCCUCUUCAAUUAAGGUCCCCUGUUCUUCUGCGGUUGGUUCUCUUGAAUUUUUCCUCGAGAAGAGCUGUUUCUUCAGUUCGGGGAGCUAUGGAUGAGGGAGUUCCUCUCAGCAGGCUUACUUCCACCGUUGUCCUUCUUCUUCUUCUUCUGCUUCUUCUGAGUUUCGAAGGAUGCAAUUCCCUGGAACCUUUGCUACCGGAUUUAUCUCCUAAUGCAGCUCCUCAGCCAUUUCUUCCUAUCUUAGCGCCUUCCCCUUUGACUCCUUUCACAAACAGCACAAUUCCACGACUAUCAGGAGAGUGCGCAUUGAACUUUACUGCCGCUGAGAGCAUGAUGAGCGUAACAUCAAUCGAUUGUUGGGGAUUCUUCGCUCCACUUCUGGCCAAUGUCAUGUGUUGUCCUCAGUUGGAAGCAACACUCACUAUUCUCAUAGGCCAAGCGAGCAAAGCCAGCAAUAUGCUCGCUCUAAGUGGCAGUGCAUCGAAGUACUGUCUUUCGGAUAUCGAACAGAUCUUGAUUGGUCAGGGUGCUGCUGAAAAUCUGAGGAGGAUAUGCUCCAUUCAUCCAUCAAAUCUCACCAAACGGUCUUGUCCUGUUAGCGACGUGGAAGAGUUUGAGAAAUCUGUGGAAUCUGAAAAGCUUCUUGCUGCUUGCCGAAAUAUUGAUCCUGUGAAGGAAUGUUGUGAGCAAGUUUGCCACAAUGCCAUUUCCGAAGCUGCUGAAAAGAUCGCAGCAAAGACUUCUCAAGUUUUGACUCUCAAUGGUCCUGGUACUUUACCUAUGAACUCAUCAACUGUAGUUCAUGACUGCAAGAACAUCGUCUUAAGAUGGCUUGCGAGUAAACUGGAUCCUUCACGAGCAAAAGAGGUGCUCAGGGGGCUGACCAAUUGCAAAGUGAACAAAGUUUGCCCUCUGGUUUUCCCUGACAUGAAACAUGUCGCCAAGGAAUGUAGCAACACGGUAAGAAACCAGACAGAAUGUUGUCAAGCCAUGGAGAGCUACGUGUCUCACUUGCAGAAGCAGAGCCUCAUUACAAAUCUGCAAGCUUUAGAUUGCUCUACAAUGCUUGCUAUGAAGCUGCUGAAAUCAAAUAUCACUAGUGAUAUUUAUAGCCUCUGUCACAUAACUCUCAAAGAUUUCUCACUCCAAGGUUUGAUUACUCAGUUCAUGAUCACUAUAGAAGAAUCUGGAUGCCUUCUGCCAAGUUUGCCUUCUGAUGCAACAUUUGACCAGUCUUCUGGGAUAAGCUUCAUCUGUGAUCUGAAUGACAAUAUUGCAGCGCCAUGGCCCACUUCGUCUCAGUUAUCAGCAUCGUCAUGUAAUAAAACUAUCAAAAUCCCAGCACUUCCAGCUGCCGCUUCUGCUCAAAGUGGCCUUUACCACAGAGGAGUGUUCUUUCUGGUGUUGUUGCUAACUUCAACAGUCACCGCUGUGCUCUCAUAAUCUCCGAUCAUCCAGCCAUGCUGCUUUCGUUUUUUCGUACAUCGAACAAGACGGUUCCAUGUUCCCUUUGCAAAAUAUACAGUCAUUAUACAAAGAUGUAGACUUUGAAGAAGAGGUGUUCGACAUUGAAGUAGUAGCUGCAACAAGCGAACUACUUCCAAGUGCAAAUAUGGCUUCCUUUCCCUUGUUUCAUCGCAGCAUUGAGCCUUCAAAACUCAAGCUAAGUUGCUUCUGCUCCCUCGUCGCCCUCCAUUGAUUCAUCAAUUCUUGCAUGCUGGUGUCAUAAAUUUGUUGUAAAGGAAUGUUUUUUUAUAUAUAUAGAUAGCUAUUAUAUACUGUAGGCCAAGCUUCAUACUUAGGGAUGUACUGAAUGUUGAAUGUAUUGAGCUUAGUUUGGACUUCAGCAAUGAGAUGUCUAAAUGUUGGUGAUGGUUCUGCAAUGUCCAGUCAUCUCCUAUUGCUGUUUCUUUAGCUUAAACAUGGUUCCUUUUUUUUUUUUUUUUUGUCAUAGUAAAA